UCAAGGAAAUGCAAAUCGCGCUAAAUCACACGUGAGGUUUGCUAGUCAGAACAGAUUCUAUUUUUAUUAGCACCUGGCAACAUGUACACAUCGAAGUUUAAAGGCCUCUUACUUCGCAUGACACGGAUGAAUCGAUAAGAUGGCGUUGAAAUAACACGGGAUUUUUUAUUAUUUAGAAUGAUUCUUCAGUAUAUCAAAAAUGUCUACAUCACAUUUUCAGAUAGUGGGCAUCAGCAUCCAAGGGUCAAAACGGGCUCUGCUCUUGCUAAAGCCGGGCUAAAAAAAAUUGUCUUGAAGAAAGUGAUGUCUUCCCUAAAACGGACACCCACCUUACCCCCGGGGACCAAGCCUUUGGAUAAUCAAGUAGCAGGCCAUCAAAACACAGACGGCAAAAUAGGGUGCUUACUACAUGAGGAUGGGACAGUAUUAAAACCGGUGCAGUAUCCCCCAAAAGGUCAGAGGGAGGUGGAGUUUUAUCAGGAAGUGUUUGCAGACCAAAUGUCCGACGAUAAAGUGUUGCUACAAUUGCGUGACCUGGUGCCAAAAUUUCAUGGAAUGGUGCAUUCACCAAAAGAAUCUGAUGCACGCUUCAUGAAACUUGAGAACCUACUAUUGGACAUGAAACAUCCAUGUGUUCUGGACAUUAAAAUGGGCAGGAAAACAUAUGAUCCACUGGCCUCACAGGAGAAAAUAGCCAUGGAAAUUGCCAAGUUUCCUCCUGCAAAGAACAUAGGCUACCAGAUCUCUGGAAUGCAGACAUACAGUCCAAGCACUGGGAAAGCUCAGAAGUUUGACAAGUACUUCUGUAAAAACUUAAAUGAAGAAUCCAUUGUUUUUCAAGGUUUUGGAAAAUUCUUCUCCCUAGAUGGCGUUUUGCAAAAGGAAGUGAUAAAAGCGGUGAUUGUGGGGCUGAAAGAAAUUUUAGAAUGGUUCAAUAAACAGCGGACCUUUCACUUUUACGCCAGUUCCAUUUUAAUUGUGUUCGAUGGUGAUGCGUCCUCCCCACUAUCAUUUAGAACUUCCACGUCUUCCUCUGGUCUUAAGGGGAGCGUCGCUGAAAAUUGCUGUAAUGGCGAUACAGACUCUAUAAUUGAAAAUGAUUUCUCCAAUGUGAUCUCCAGUGAUUUUGUAGAUACAAUGACAUACAGUCAGUCAGAAGCUGUUAAUCCUAAAGUUCAAGUGCGUAUGAUAGAUUUUGCUCAUGUCUACCAUAUGCCCGAAGAGGAUGAAAAUUAUAUUUUUGGAUUGAAACAUUUGAUUGAUGAUUUACAUAGAUUGUUAAAAAGUUAGUAAAGCAUUACCUGUUAAGGCAUUAUUAUAUUAUGAAAAAUUUAAGACUGUAGUGUUUUAAGUCUACUGUGAAGGUUGCUGAUAUUUAUUUUGUGGUAAAUAAUAUAUAUUAAGAGACUUGUUGAGCAAGUAAAGGUAUGAGUAUGAUGUAACAAAAGUGAUGAAACAAGUAUCAAAAGUGAUAGAACAAAAUGUAUUUGGGAAUGAAAAUAUCCCUUUAUAAGUCAUGGUGCAAAAAUUGUUGACUGUUUUAUUCCUUUGUUAUAUGUAAUGAAUGUGUAAAUUGUUCUACAAAUAAUUAUUGUCUGUUGUACUCUCAGAUUUUAAAAUUAGGUGCUCCUUGUUUUCUUGUUUCUUUUUUUUUUCUCCCUUAAUUUUCUGAAGACUUUUAAUCAUUUGCAGAAGUAUAGUGCAAGUUGAAUUUCUGUAUUUGUACGGACUUAUUUUCAUGUCGUAUGCCUUGCAUAACUUCCACUUUAAACAGCUUCUAACACUCAGAAUAGUAAAGACAUUUAUUUUUCUAUGUAGUUUUUAAUACUUGAGAAAUAUUUAUCAACAGAGGAUACUUAGUGCCUUUUCAUUGAAAACUAAUUCAAUGCUAAUUCUGUAAAAAAGGUCAUUUAACUACCCAUCUAAGUUUAGAUCAUGAUUUUGCACACUGACAGAAUUAAUAUGUUUAGGCUUUCUAAAAAAAAAAACUUGGAUGGGGUGGAUUUUUGCUUUUAGUUCACCUGAGCUGAAUUUCUGUUCUCCCUUGUCUGGCAUCCGUCUUCUCAAGAAGUUGUUAAUUUUGCAAACAUUCCCAAAUUGUGUGGAUUCAUUUUUUUUUUCCAAAUAUGGAUCCUUGGUAAGAGAAGGCUAAAAUUGGGAUCAAAUUUUACUUAAUACAUGGACAUGUAUACAGGAAAAUAAUUUUCUUCACCCUAACUGCAAGGCCAUGUUGUAGGCCAUAAGUCAUAUUAAUAUUGAAGCAUCAUCAGACUCCAGAGAGUUAAUUAUGGUGGGGCCAUAAUAUGCCAUGGGAUCACAAAUCUUCCUGGGAAUAUAAAAAAUUUUCUAGGGAACAGCAGGGCUAAAGUUACUCAGAUGAACAUUGUGACCCAUGGGCCUCUGUUUUUUAUC